ACCAGUCACCAGUACCACAUUGACCUUGCCCACGGUAUGACGGUAGUUUGCGGUCUGGCCGAACCCUUUCGCUUGCAAUCGUUGUUUCCGUAUCGACCAAGCGGCAAAAGCAAACGCCGCCAUGGAUCCGAGCCCAUCCAACGCCGCCGCCGCCACCGCUGCCGGAAUGGAGCCGGAGCUCGACAAUUCCAAACCUGCCGCCGCAGGCAACCGCAAGCACCUGGCCAUGCUCGAGCGUCUCUCGAAGCGCAGCGCCACCACCUCCGUGGCCUCUCCCGAGGCAUCUCCUGUCUCGGCCUUCCUCUCCCGCUUCGCCGCCGGCAAGGUCGCCGCGGAGUCCGCCCUCUCCGCCUGCCGCUCCUCCCCCGACGACGCCCCUGCCUCCCUCGCCGCCGCCGCAUCCGCCAUCGACGACCUCGAACGCCUGGCCGCUGAGGCCUCCCACUCCCUUCCCCCCUACGAGCUCCGCUCCGCCCUCGCCUCUGUCUCCGACCUCCGCGCCGCCCACAAGCUCGCCGCCUCCGAAAUCCGACCGAAGAAGUCCUUCUCCUUCAGGAACAAGAGCAAAGCCACCAAGACCCCCCAGCAAGAUCCUCCCACCCUACCUCAGCCACCUACGGAGCAGCCAAAGCCUACUUUCGAUGCGGUCCUGCCAGGGUUUGCUUUCCGGAGCAGGAACGGCGCUACCUUGGUGAAGGAUCUGAGAAUUGCCAACGAGAAGGAUGGGGAUUUCACGCUCGCGGAUUUAGUUUCCUGCGAAGUUUACCUCAAGGGCAAAUGCCGGGCGCUGUACAUUCAUAAGCUAAGAGAUUGCCGUCUGUUCGUCGGCCCUGUUUUUGGCUCAGUGCUCAUAGAGGAUGUUGAGCGCUGCACAUUUGUAAUGGCUGCGCACCAGAUCAGGAUUCAUGAAGCGAGGGCAACAGACUUCUACUUGCGUGUGAGGAGCAGACCAAUCAUUGAAGAUUGCUGUGGUGUAAGAUUUGCACCACAUGCUUUGAAGUAUGAAGGGAUUGAAAAGGAUCUGAGGGAUUCUGGCCUUGAGGAGGACACUGGUAAUUGGGCCAAUGUGGAUGACUUCAAGUGGCUCAGGGCUGUGCAGUCACCGAAUUGGUCUUUGAUUCCGGAGGAAGAACGGCUGCAAACUGUCGAUAUUUCGGAAGUUCAGGCGCGAGAGGAUAGUAGCUGAGCUGUUUGGGAAUUUUCACUCCCCGUUCUCGUUUCUGGAUUGUUGCUUUGGACUGGUUGUGAAUCCUGAUGCUUAUGAAGAUUACCCUCGCAUUUGUUUUAAGUUUAUGACUUCCAUUGUAUCUAGAGCUUUCUGAGUUCAGGAUUUUGUUAUGUUUCGCUGAUAGCCAAUUCAGAAUUUGAAAUAUGAAGAAAUUUAGUGUGUUUAAAGGGUGCUAAUUAAUGAUAGUUAUGCAUAUCCAGUAUGAGGAAGACACAAUACGGAGUACUUAGUAUAGGAGAUCUGGUUGAUGGCAUUGGAGUUUACAACUGUUUUUAUGAAGGGAAAUAUAUAUGCACACUUUAGGUGGGUGAACACAUGUAAUUCUGGUAGAUGGCAUAGAAUUCAAAACAAUUUCUGAAUUGUACUAUAAAAUUGCUGGCUUCUCCAGUUCUGUGACCUCAUUGUACUGGGAGGUUGAGGAAUUCAUAUUAUUGCAGCAGAAAGUUCUCUGUGUC